AUCUGAUGGUAUUCCGGUUCCUGCCGUCGGCUUCCGGUUUUCAUUUACUAAACUGGGUGGUAAUUUCUAUGGUGAAGAUCGACGCCUAGUGAUAUUUUGUGCACCUUUAACGUCAUAUAUAUCGUGUGGCAAAGCACGAUGUGGUACAUUAACCGUUUAUUAGACGUAUAUGUGGCGUUACAGGCUGUCUUUGCGCUGUCGUGGUGUUUUUCCGAUUUGGACUCGGGGCCUGUAGUAGCCUCUAAUGGAGACCGGUUUAAAAUCGAAGGACGGGCGAUUGUCCCCGGUUUUAAAACGCAGGACUGGAUCUCAACAGCCCGGGUCCUGGUGGAAGGGGAGGAUUACGUUGGCUUUCUGAAGAUUGAUGGGAGCUUUGCUGUGAACGAUGUUCCCUCUGGAUCUUACGUGGUUGAAGUCGUUUCACCAUCCUUCAGAUUUGAACCUGUUCGAGUAGAUAUUACGUCAAAAGGAAAAAUGAGGGCACGCUUGGUGAAUUACAUCAAAACCUCAGAAGUUGUUCGACAGUCAUAUCCUCUUCAGAUCAGAGCAAAUGGUCCACACACAUACUUCAUGAAACGGGAGACCUGGGGGUGGACUGACUUUCUGAUGAAUCCAAUGGUUAUGAUGAUGGUUCUUCCCUUACUUAUCAUCGUCCUGCUACCAAAGGUUCUAAAUACUAAUGACCCUGAAAUGAGAAAGGAAAUGGAGCAGUCUAUGAAUAUGUUGAAUCCUAACCCAGAAUUGCCAGAUGUAUCUGAAUUCAUGACAAAAUUGUUCUCCAAGGGCUCAAGUAAAUCUGGGGCAAGUAACAAAGGUAGCAGAAGUGUUGCCUCCAAAAGGAGGUAGUGCUUAGGAUCUGACAGUUUUCUAUAAACACUGUUUUACUGGUUUUCAUUUUUUAUAUGAAUGGUUUCUUUUUCAACCGAUACGCUUGACAAAGCAGAACUGUUUGCACUGUCCUAUUUUUCCAUGCUUAUUUGUCAUGUGUGGAUGCAUUUUGAUAGUCAGAUUGUUUUGCUCAUUAUAAUGAUACACUGAAAACUGUACACCAGUGCUAAAUAAUGGUUAGGAAAAGUACAGUAUGAAUUCAUAAUCUUUUUUAAUUAGAAUUUACAUGGUUGUUUUAACUUGAAAAGUAGAAUAAGUGGCAAGUAAAUUACUAAUAUUACCCUUGUUUGGUCAAGAAUCCUAUUCCAAGUGGGGACCCUUAUGGAUUUUCAGUUUUGCUAAACAUUUCAAUAUCUUGUUAUGCAGUUAACAUUAUGAUGGUAGUCUAUGCUUUUACUGCUGCUGUAAGAUUCAUCAAACAGAUAUAUGAUUCCUUCCCAGAAUUGAGGUCAAUGCAGUUUCACCUCCACUUAAAUAUAAGCAAGAAUGGAAGCGCUAAUAAGAGAAUAAUGGAAAAUAAACAUACGGGGUACAUUGAUGCUUUUGUUUGAUUUUUAAAGGUUCCUGUGGUUCGAUGCAAUACCUGUAAUAUGUGUAGUUUUGUGCUCGGGUGUUCUUGGAUUUUUCAAAUUGAGCUCUCUGAAGAAUGGGCUAUAAAAGUAUAUAAGGGGCCGUCUUCACUAUGAUGCCAUGUGUAUUGUCAAACUAACUCAAUGUGACAUUGACCCCAAUUCUGUUUCACCAUUACUUGAAACAAAGCUUCUAGGUUAAAUAUUUACUAUAUCAUGUUUGUACAAGACUGUGAAUGAAGAUAAAUACAUAAGAUUUAAGCUAUGAAGUAUACUCUUUAUUUAACUGAAUGAAAAUAAAUUGUGGUGGGCUGUAUCAUUAA